UGUCCGCCGCCGCCCGCCUCGCCCGCGCCGCCCGCCUGCGCCGCCGAGCCGGUGCCCGGGGUGGCGGGGCUCCGGAACCACGGCAACACGUGCUUCAUGAACGCCACGCUGCAGUGUCUCAGCAACACCGAGCUCUUCGCCGAGUAUCUGGCGCUCGGCCAGUACCGGGCGGGGCGGCCCGAGCCCUCGCCUGACCCCGAGCAGACUGUGGGCCGCGGCACGCAGGGCCAGGGCGAGGUCACCGAGCAGCUGGCGCACCUGGUGCGGGCCCUCUGGACCCUGGAGUACACCCCGCAGCACAGCCGCGACUUCAAGAGUAUUGUGUCAAAGAACGCACUGCAAUAUCGGGGAAAUUCCCAGCAUGAUGCCCAGGAGUUUCUGCUGUGGCUUUUGGACCGAGUUCAUGAGGACCUCAAUCAUGCUGUGAAGCAGAGCGGCCAGCCUCCUCUGAAGCCACCGUCAGAGACUGAUAUGAUGCCCGAGGGACCAUCUUUUCCUGUCUGUAGCACUUUUGUACAAGAACUUUUUCAAGCCCAGUACAGAUCUUCUUUGACAUGUCCUCAUUGUCAGAAGCAGAGCAACACUUUUGACCCUUUCCUCUGCAUUUCUUUGCCAAUUCCUCUACCCCACACAAGGCCUCUCUAUGUUACCGUAGUGUAUCAAGGGAAGUGUUCUCACUGCAUGAGGAUUGGUGUUGCCGUGCCUCUGUCUGGGACUGUCGCCAGGCUUCGGGAAGCAGUGUCUAUGGAAACAAAGAUCCCUACUGAUCAGAAAAACAAUGUGGUCAUUAAAAUCAUUAGAAGAAAAAUGUGCCAGGGAUAUUUUUCUUGGACUGUUUGUGGAAUAUGCCACCAGCCUGUUUCACCUCACAGACUUGUGAUUGUGUUAACGGAAAUGUACUAUGAUGGGUUCCAUCGUUCCUUUUGUGACACAGACGACCUGGAAACAGUCCAUGAAAGCGACUGCAUUUUUGCCUUUGAGACUCCAGAAAUAUUUAGGCCUGAAGGAAUUCUCAGUCAAAGAGGAAUCCACUUAAACAACAAUCUAAACCACUUGAAAUUUGGCUUGGAUCAUCAUCGACUGUCUUCUUGUACACAGGCAGCAGCAAAGCAAGGGAAAACAGACUUGCCCCCGACAAGACCAGGAGGCGACAAGAUUGUUCUUUUAGUGUGUAACCGAGCUUGCACUGGGCAGCAAGGGAAAAGAUUUGGACUGCCUUUUGUGCUGCACUUGGAGAAGACAAUAGCAUGGGACCUUCUGCAGAAGGAAAUCUUGGAGAAGAUGAAGUAUUUCCUGAGGCCCACGGUUUGCAUUCAGGUGUGUCCAUUCAGUUUGCGUGUCGUCAGUGUUGUGGGGAUAACAUACUUGCUGCCCCAGGAGGAGAAACCCCUGUGCCACCCAACGGUAGAAAGGGCAUUAAAAUCUUGUGGACCAGGUGGCACUGCUCAUGUGAAGUUAGUGGUAGAAUGGGACAAGGAAACAAAAGAUUUCUUGUUUGUAAAUACUGAAGAUGAGUAUAUUCCUGAUGCAGAAAGUGUCCGUCUGCAGAGGGAGCGUCAUCAUCAGCCCCAGACUUGCACUUUAUCCCAGUGUUUCCAGCUCUACACCAAAGAGGAGCGGCUUGCCCCGGAUGACGCCUGGCGGUGCCCGCACUGUAAGCAGCUGCAGCAGGGGAGCAUCACGUUAAGCCUCUGGACUCUGCCUGAUGUGCUUAUUAUCCAUCUGAAGAGAUUUCGACAGGAAGGAGACAGGCGUAUGAAACUUCAGAACAUGGUCAAAUUCCCCUUGACUGGCCUGGACAUGACACCUCAUGUGGUUAAGAGAAGUCAGAGCAGCUGGAGUUUGCCAUCCCAUUGGUCUCCAUGGAGACGGCCCUAUGGACUCGGGAGGGACCCUGAGGACUACGUCUAUGACCUGUAUGCUGUGUGCAAUCAUCAUGGCACCAUGCAAGGGGGGCACUACACAGCCUACUGUAAGAACUCUGUGGACGGCCUCUGGUACUGCUUCGAUGACAGUGACGUGCAGCAGCUGUCAGAAGAUGAGGUCUGCACACAGACAGCGUACAUCCUUUUCUACCAGAGGCGGACAGCUAUUCCAUCAUGGUCAGCCAACAGCUCAGUGGCAGGCUCCACCAGCUCCUCCUUGUGUGAACACUGGGUGAGCCGGCUCCCGGGGAGCAAGCAAGCCAGCGUGACCUCCGCGGCGUCCUCCAGACGCACCUCUCUGGCCUCAUUAUCCGAGUCGGUGGAGAUGACCGGAGAGAGGAGUGAAGACGAUGGAGGUUUCUCAACUCGACCAUUCGUGAGAAGCGUCCAGCGUCAGAGCAUGUCAUCCAGAUCUUCUGUCACCAGCCCCUUGGCCGUUAACGACAAUUGCAUUAGACCUUCUUGGUCCCUGUCUGCUAAGCUGCAGAUGCGCUCCAAUUCUCCUUCCCGGUUCUCAGGAGACUCUCCGAUCCACACCUCUGCCUCCACCUUGGAGAAGAUCGGGGAGGCGGUGGAUGAUAAGGUCUCCAUCUCUUGCUUUGGCAGCUUGAGGAACCUUUCUAGCAGUUUCCAGGAACCAAGUGAUAGUCACGGCCGACGUGAGCACAAGGCUGUGGGUCGGGCCCCUCUGGCUGUCAUGGAAGGCGUGUUCAGAGAUGAAUCAGACACCCACAAAUUGAACUCCGGUGUUUUAGACACACAGAGCAAAAACUUAGCACAAGGGGAUUGCGUGCCCCCCAUCUCCGAUCCUUUUGAUAAUAAUAACCAGAUUGCUUAUGUGGAUCAGAGCGAUUCUGUAGACAGCUCUCCAGUCAAAGAGGUGAAACCCACGAGCCACCCAGGCUCCCUUGCAAAGAAACCAGAGAGCACAGCCAAGAGCUCUCCCAGCUCCAAAGGCGCUUCUGAGCCAGAUAGAAGCUUGCGGAAGGGGAGACCAGUCUUGGCAAGCCAGGAAUCAUCUCUUUCAAGUACGUCCCCUUCUUCUCCUGUUCCUGUAAAAGUUUCUAUAAAGCCCUCCCGCUCCCGAAGCAAAGCAGAUUCUUCUUCCAGAGCCAGUGGACGGCAUUCCUCCCCUGGCCCUGCCCAGCCUAGAAAGGAGUCCUCCCCCAAAUCCCAAGACUCCAUGUCAUCUCCUUCACCCCAGAGGCAGAAGUCCUCUUCCUCCCUUGCCUACACUCCUUCCUCCACAUCUGCCAAAAAAGCCCCCGGCCCUGCUGCAAGGGGCCCCUUCCCUCCUGGGAAGAGCAGGACUUCAGACAGGAGCUUGAGUAGAGAGGGCUCCAGACAGAGCCUGGCUUCCGACAGAGCCAGCGUCACCUCCAGCUCCAAACCCAACUCCCCUCGGGUGAGCCAAGCCAGGGUGGGGGAGGGCCGAGGAGACGGAAAGCACGUCAGGAGCUCCUCUAUGGCCAGUCUGCGCUCCCCCAACACAAGCAUGAAGACUGGUCUGAAGAGGGACAGCAAGUCAGAGGACAAGGGGCUAUCCUUCUUCAAGUCAGCCUUGAGACAGAAGGAAACCCGGCGGUCAACUGACCUUGGCAAAACAACCUUGCUCUCCAAGAAGGCCGGCAGUAGCUCUGCCAAGUUGGCCAGUAAGAAUGCCGUGGAUGACAAGGCAGAGAAAGGCUACCAGCCUGCAGGUUCCCAGCAGCCAAAUGCAAGUGCAGUUGGAAAAGAGCAGCUUGUCUCCAAGGACCCUGCUUCCGCUAAACAUUCCCUGCUGUCUGCUCGCAAAUCUAAGUCUUCCCAGCUAGAUUCUGGAGUGCCCUCAUCUCCCGGUGGCAGGCAGUCUGCUGACAAAUCCUCGAAAAAGUUAUCUUCUAGCAUGCAAACCUCUGCACGGCCUUCUCAAAAACCUCAGUGA